AUGCAGGCAUACUUGCAAUACCGGCGCAUCGGGCAGGCAGUGCGCCAACGAGUCCAAGAUGGCGAUUCCAAGAUCAAUUUUGAAAACAAUGCGAUCAACGACAUGCCUGGAUUUAUGCAGAUACGACUCGCACCAACAAUGACGGCUCUCACCGGCCAACGGGCAUUUACCACGAUCAAGAUCUCGUCCCUCGCCUUUAUCAUCUCGGCCUCAUCUUCUAUCCUUGCCGGCGGCAUCCCACGAAACAGUGCCGCUUUUGGAGUGAGCGAGGUGGUCGCCUCAAUAGCAACCGGGCUUUUUCUCCUGGGAUUCACAACAGGAUCGCUUAUCUCGAGCCCUCUCUCUGAGGUGCUGGGCCGGAAUCUCGUCUACGUUGCCUCUGUCACGGCGUUCAUGAUCUUUACCUUUGCGUAG